ACUGGACCAAUCCGUGUUCCUUCACUUACUCUUAACCCGAAUUGCUGCUAAAAUGUGUUACUUUUAGUUUACGCGCCGCUGAGGUCACAUAUUAAAGUUUUUAACGUGAUGCCAUGCGUGCCUUCUAACAAUAAGAUGGACAGACCUAGCCUUCAGAGACUUUUCUCUGCUUGUGACGUGAAUAAGUCUGGUAAGAUUGAGUACGAGGACUUCACGGCUGUCUGUCGUGAGCUCAGCGUCCCCGAGACCGAAAUCAAAACUCUGUUUAACAAGUUCGGUGCACAGGAGGAUGGCUUCAUUGACUACAGCAAGUUUUCCUCCAGCUUUCAGGAGGUUUCAGAAACUCUGGACCUGGCUGCUUUUGGCACCGGGACAUCGCAAGCUCCGUGGGAAGAGUUUGUAGACCGAAUAGAUGCGGAGUUUCUCCUCUCUGAAAGUCUCAGAGAGCAGCUGGCUGAUCUUUACCAGGCCAUUCACUCCUCUGGAAACGGGACUUUUCUGCAGGCAUAUGAGGAAAUCAUCUGCUCGCUGAUCAGUCAAAGCCUGGACAACAAGCUAGAGUGUGAACAGCUGGAGACCAGUUUGAAGCGAGCUGAAGAGAUAAACAGCAGUCAGCUGGCAGAGCUGGAGGACGAUAUUCAGCAACAACUUGCUAGAACAGAGGAGCGGGUGAGAAAUGAGGAGCGGAAGAAAAUGGAAGAUAUCAUGGCAACCAAUCAGAGGAAACAUGAGGAUGAGCUUGCAGAUCUACAUGCCAUGGUGGACAAACUCUUAAAGAGUCAAGAGGAGUCUGAACUAAACCAGUCAAAGGAGGAGGUGAUCAGGCUGAACAGACGCAUCAGCAACCUAUCACUGGAGAACGAGCAGCUCCGAAGCUCUCUGCUGCAAGCGCAGACAAACAUCUCCAUCUUGCACUCUGAGGUGGACAAGCUGAAGAACAUGUGUGCUGAUCAGAAAGCUCAACAUGAAAGAGAAACGGAUGACUUGAAGCGGAUGGUCUUGGAAUACCAGUCGUACUCCAGUCAGAUUCAGAUCCUACAGGAAAUGAAUAAAAAGCUGUAUGACAGUAAUGACGGGCUGCGCUCAGCUUUAGCCAGCGAAGUGGUUGCAGCUAAAAGGAGGCUGUCUCCCAAAAAUGAAAUCCCAGCUCGAAGAAUGAAACCUCUCCGACAGAGUACACUCAACCAUGGCAGGUCGGAGCAGAAUUCCAAGAUCUCUCACGUGGCCACCUGGGCUGAUAGGUACCUGGACAGUGGGGUCUCCCUCCCAAUGGACACAGCUGAGAGCUCAGGCAGUGAUUAUGACACCGAUGACAGUAGAAGCUCCUUGGGAACUGUGCACCAUAGUUACUCCUGUAUCCCAUCUGAUGUGGAGAUAUCUGAGGUAAAAUCUGAGGCAGCAGUGUCUGUGGCUCCCAGCCGAGUGAGUUCUGUAGCUUCUUCCCUAAGAAGACGUCUAUCUGCCUUCUCCACAAAGCCAUUAGAAGACGACAUUACAGAGACAAAGGAUCCUGCCCAAAUGUACCGUCUGGUUUUAGCAGGAGAUGCAGGAGCAGGAAAGUCCAGCUUUCUGCUGCGACUGACUGUCAAUGAGUUCAGAGGAGAUAUUCAGACGACACUGGGGGUUGAUUUCCAGAUGAAGAGGAUGCUGGUGGAUGGAGAGACAACGAGUUUGCAGAUAUGGGACACAGCUGGGCAGGAGAGGUUUCGUAGUAUUGCCCGGUCUUAUUUCCGUAAAGCUCAUGGAGUCCUGCUGCUGUAUGAUGUUACUUCAGAGAGCAGCUUCCUUAACGUCAGAGCGUGGGUGGAUCAGAUUCAGGAUUCCACCGAUGAGAAAAUCCCCAUGUGUGUUAUUGGAAACAAGGUGGACCUCCGGGAGCAGCUUCCAGCGGGAAGGUGUGUGAGCAGUUUGCACGGAGAAAAGUUGGCCAAGGCGUACGGUGCCUUGUUCUGUGAAACCAGCGCCAAAGAGGGAACCAACAUAGUAGAGGCUGUGCUUCAUCUGGCAAGAGAGGUAAAGAAAAAUGGCAAACUGAGGCGGCAAUCAGAAUCUCAGGUCAGACUGAGUCCAACCAACCCAAAGAAGACUCUAAACAGCUGCUGCGGACUGUAGCUGGAUGAUGAAGGAUGCGAUUUUGCAUCAUACUUUAACAGAGCAUCUCUCCUGCGUAUUUUAACUUUGAGAUAUUUUUUAAAUAUCAUUCUAGUAGCAUUUAUUCUUUGAUCAAAAUGCAGGUUUCUGUUCAGGAAAGCUGCAGAUAAUCAAGUUUAUAUACAUUUUAACUCAUAUAUUUAUUUGUAAGUACUGUAGUUUAAAGAAGUAAAUAAAUAUGCAACAUUAACAUCUAAAUCUUUACUCAACAUAAGUAUUUGAAU